AUGUCGAGAAUAAUCAAUUUAGCUGAUCCUAAAUCAAAAUUACUAGGAACGAAUGCUCAGGAAUAUGCUCAAAUCUUAAAGUGGUUUUCCCUUUCUAACUCUGAGUUACUUCCUGCUAUUGCCAAGACAUUUCAACCAUUAAUUGGAAAACUUCCCUACAAUAAGAAACAGGUGGAUGAUAACUCAGCCAUUGUUGAACAGAUUGUCGAAUUAUUUGAAAAAAGAUUGGCUGACUUUACCUAUUUAGUUGGCGAAAGAUUGACCCUUGCUGAUUUGUUUAGUGCUACAGCUAUUUUGAGAGGUUUCAAUUACUUGUUCGGUGUAGACUGGAGAAAAAAGCAUCCGAAUACCACCAGAUGGUUUAUUACUAUCAUCAACCAUCCAAUCCUUAAAGACGUCAUUGGUGAAUUCACGUUUAUUGAAAAACCAGUUGAGUUCGUUCCUCCUAAGAAGGAAAAGAAGCAACAACCACAACAGCAAAAGAAGGAAGCUGCUCCAAAGAAGGAAGAGGCCGCUCCUGCUACUCAAGCUUCAAAGCCAAAGCAUCCAUUGGAAGCUUUGGGUAAGCCAAAGGCUGCUUUAGAUGAAUGGAAGAGAGUCUACUCCAAUGAAGAAACUAGAGAAACUGCUAUCCCGUGGUUCUGGAAAAAUCAAUAUGACCCAGAAGAAUGGUCUUUGUGGAAAGUCGAUUACAAGUACAAUGAUGAAUUGACAUUGACUUUUAUGUCCAACAAUUUGAUUGGCGGUUUCUUCAACAGAUUAGGAGCUUCUACCAAAUAUAUGUUUGGUUGUUUGGUUGUCUACGGUGAAAAUAACAACAAUGGUAUCACCGGUUUUUUCUUAGUAAGGGGUCAAGACAACGUUCCUGCUUUCGAUGUCGCUCCAGAUUGGGAAUCUUAUGAAUUCACAAAAUUGGAUGGAUCUGACCCUGCCGUACAAAAGUUUGUUAAUAACAUGUUGGCUUGGGAUGAGCCCGUUGAAGUGAAUGGUGAAAAGAGAGAGAUUGCAGAUGGUAAGGUAUUCAAAUAG